ACAAGAACAAGACGCAGACAAAUACAGACCUAAGAGAAGAAACAAAGAACACAGAGGAGCAAAAGAACCAAAACGCUGAAAGCAUCUUCUCUAACUCUAAGCUCGCAUCUUUACACUUUCACAGAAAUACAUACAGAUUGUCUAAUGGCGGAGCCGCUACAAAAGUCAACCAUUUGAACCUUAAAGAGGAAAGCAAGCCAAGGCAGCUGCAUAUACAAACAAGAAUAGUUUUGGGAUCAAAAUCGAGCUGAGAACCCUGAAUCUGAAAUGGACGAGGAUAACAAAAUGGGCGAAAUCGAGGAGAUGGGUCCAAACUCAAGCCCGGAUUCGCACCCGAGAGUGAAGACGAAGGUUCCAGAAGUAGAGGUCAGGCUGUACCGUCAAGGCAAAGGUCCGAUCGACUCGUUCAAGUCAAGCCUGGGAGGUUGGGACCAGAACCAGUUGGAGGUUCGAGACAUUCUCGACAAGUACGGCCUCAAAUCGCUCUACGCUUUCAAUCCCCAGUCGGGUCGCGGCGUCCCCAUCCGCUUUAACCCCCGCAAUGGCCGCUCUAUGCUCCCUUAUCGAGAUGGAUCCGAGGUUCACAUCGACGGCGAGCCCAAGGAUUCCUUGCUCCAACCAGUGACAAAGAUUUUGCUUGGGGUAGCAGUUAUGACUAUCCUGAUAACCAUUGUUAUGAAGGACCCUCCAGAAUUUGUCCAAAAGUUUAAUUCUUUUGGCGGAAACUUUCCUCCUUGGAUCCUUGCUCUUGUGGUAAUAGUUUUUACACGAAUGAGGAAGAGAACCAGGGAUUUUAUGAAAAAACUUGGUUGGUGAUAGGUGAGAAUGAUGCAUUUACCUGGAAGGCUGUCAGUUUCUCUAUUUAUUCUCAAAUUUUGUUAAAACAAUGAUUUGUGAUUGCUGAAUUUUGAUCUGAAGUAUCCGCUGAGUGGUUUUUGGUUACUGGAAUGGAUUGAUAUUUUAUGAUAGAGUAUUGUUUGGUGCAGGUGCAAGAUGUCUUGAUAUUUCAGUUGUAUACGCUAGAUUGUAUAAUGUGUUUUCUAAUUAACCUUAUGCUGUCGACUUGAAGUAAUUCCAUUU